UUUCAACCCCAAAUCAUGGAAACCAGCUCGGUUUCCAAAUGGGUGUUUUUGUUCUUGCUCUUACUUCAAAUGGGUGUUCAAAAGAUUCAGUGUACUGUCACAUAUGACAACAAGGCCAUUGUUAUUAAUGGUCAAAGAAGAAUCUUGAUUUCUGGUUCUAUACAUUAUUCCAGAAGUACCCCAGAGAUGUGGGAAGAUUUGAUUAUGAAGGCUAAAGAAGGAGGGCUUGAUGUGAUUGAAACUUAUGUGUUUUGGAAUGUGCAUGAGCCUUCUCCUGGCAAUUAUAAUUUUGAAGGGAGGUAUGAUUUGGUGAGAUUCUUGAAGACAAACCCCUGUGAAUGA